AAGACUAAAAUUUGAAGGUUUAAUAAAAGUAGAAGAGAAUCUGAUCUAACCACCAUAUGAUGAGAGAAUCCAAUCCGUUAAAAUCAGUUAGAGGCUUGUAUUAACUCAUCACUUAUCUAACUCUCUCUCUUUCUCAGCUUCUUCAGUAUCUGAAGAUUCUGAACUGAGAGAAACUGAGAACCCUUCACCUUCAUCUUCAUCUUCAAGGUGAUGGCGUUAUCAACUCCACAGAUACAAAGAUUUCUUUUAACCAAACUCCAUAGACGUUACUCCACCUCUUCCAAAUCCAACAACUUAAACAGAAACAGAAACAGAAACAGAAACAUCUUCAACAGCAGAAGAAGUCGUUGCUACUCUGCCAUAGCCAUUGAUGCACCUUCAUCAUUGACAGAUUCACCUCCUAUUAGAUGGGGUUCUGUUUCUUUGCAGGGUCCUCGUGAAGAAAUGGAAGAUGAUAUUAUUCUCAGACCUGAUAGUCUUCAAGGUUUUUCUUUUGCUGCUGUUUUUGAUGGUCAUGGAGGCUUUGCUUCUGUCCAGUUUCUCAGGGAAGAGCUAUACAAGGAGUGUCUUGAAGCUCUACAAGAUGGAUUACUAUUGCUCGGGAAAGAUUUCAAAGCUGUUGAAGACGCAUUAAAACAGGCAUUUGCUAAGGCUGACAUGAAGUUGUUAAAAUGGCUUGAAAUCAAAGGGGAGGAGGAGGAUGAAUCAGGUGCUACCGCCACUGCCAUAUUCCUAGGAGAUAAUAAGCUGCUAAUUUCACAUAUUGGCGACUCAUCUGUGGUUUUAUGCAGAUCUGGAAAACCUGAAUUGCUGACUAGUCCUCACCGUCCCUAUGGGAGCAACAAGGCUUCUCUUGAAGAAAUCAAAAGAAUCAGAGAAGCAGGUGGAUGGAUUGUCAACGGUAGGAUUUGUGGAGAUAUUGCGGUAUCUCGUGCAUUUGGGGACAUUCGAUUCAAAACGAAGAAGAAUGAGAUGCUACGAAAAGGAGUUGAGGAAGGAAGAUGGACAGAAAAAUACAUUUCUCGUAUACAGUUCAAAGAUGACCUGGUUGUCGCACGCCCUGAUAUUUAUCAAGUAACUCUUGCCUCAGAUGCAGAAUUUAUAGUGUUAGCAUCCGAUGGCUUAUGGGAUUACAUGAGCAGUUUAGACGCAGUUACUUUUGUGAGGGAUCAACUACGAAAACAUGGAAACACGCAGCUAGCUUGUGAAUCCCUUGCACAAGUGGUUUUGGACCAACGUACACAGGAUAAUGUCAGCAUUAUAAUUGCCGAUCUAGGGAAGACAGACUGGAAGAAUCUUCCACUGCAGCAACAAAAUGUGAUAUUUGAGCUAGUCCAAGCCCUUGCCACAAUUGGAAUUGUGUCUGUUGGAAUCUGGUUUACAUCACAGCUUUCUUUAUAGAUUCAAUAGCUUAUGAUACUAGUCAUGUACAUAACCAGACACAUACUUUUUAACUUUCUGCCUGUAUAAUAUUUAGUGUACAUGUCACACAUCUUUUUUUUUUUUUUUGAAUAAAUACAUGUCACACAUCUUAGAAUCUACCUUUUUUUUUAAACAAAUCUUAGAAUCUACUUGG